AUGAAAUUUUAUCGGGCGGAAACCGGCAAGCAAAUCCGAUUAAGAAAGUCUUUUGAAAGUUUAGAUGGUCUUAAGACAGAGUUAGAGCAAGUGAGUGGUGUACCAGUAUCUUCACAGAUAUUGAUGACGAACUUUGGUACACAACUCAAAGGUCAAAUGAUGAGCGAUGUGAAUAAUGCUGUUGGAAAGGAUGAUUACAUAUUUCUUUUCAAUAGGGAACUUCUUGAUGCAAAUAAUACAAAUAUCAAAGAGUCACUUGCUGAAAAACCUUCAGUUGAACCUCCUAUAACUGCUUCUACGGCAUUAAAGGUGCAAAAACGUGGCCCUUCGAGUAACAUAAAUCUAUCUGAUGAAUGUGGCGCUUAUGUCAAUUUAUUUCAAACUUAUCACUCUCAAGGGCAGUCAUUCAUCAAAGCGGCUACCAUACAUACGGAGUUUUGCGAACAAUUAUAUCAAGAACAGAAGGUUCAAUUAAUGGCAUUGAGAGCUGCCCUCACAAAUCUUGAUGCACACAGCCGUUCUGUAAUCGAUGCCCAUGAAGUUUUUUACACGUUUGCUGAAAAAGAAAUAAUCAAACAUACAAGGCUGAUUCAAAAUUUAUCGGUUGAUCUUGAGACGCUUCGACGUAUUACCAUUCAUCCUGAUAUAUUAAAAUAUGGAGGUAUGAUAACGAGUGACAAAAAUUCUUAUACGUUGGCCGAUUAUGUCACGGAGGACAAGCUUAUAACUUUGGCGAAUGAGGGAAAUCAAAUUUAUGAUCAAAUUGCUAAACGCGUUCAGUCGUUGACUUCUUCUAUUCAUUCUGUUCAAUCUGGUACAGAGACGUUAAAAAAGAAAAGAUUUGAUAGCUUGUUUCCUAAAAUGGAAGCUACAUUCAGUAAUAUUCAGGAUUCACAUUAUAAGUUAAAACAAAUUGCUGAAAAGUUGGAAAGAGAUGCCACUCGCGUGCAAAGUCAAGUAUCAAAAAUUCUUGAGUCAAAUACCAGCGCGUCUUCUACAGCAGCAACAAAAUCCAUUGAAGCUUUUGAGCAUCUUGCUAACUUUCAAUCACAAGAGUAUUUACCAGAAAUAUCACGCCUUGAAUCUUCCAUUGCUGGUAUUCCCAGUUUAUUAAGCGGAUUGGAUACUGAUGUUCGAUCUAAAGCGCAAGAUUUUAAAGAUUUAAAUUAUGUUCAUCAAAUGCCAAUAGCUUAUGCAAUGACUAUUGUUGAAAUUGUGAGAAGGAAAGAAUACGCAAAACUUAUACUCUCAAAGGCACAACAAAUGGCUGAGAUAAUGGGUCAUUUUCGUAAUACGGAGCAGAAAAGACGCGAUUAUUAUAGAACGGAAGUGAAGAAAUAUGUUCCAGUUAACAUUCAAGCAUUAGAUGAUAAUCCUCCUAUGUGUGACAUAUCAACAGCCAAUAUCAAAGAGGAUAAAUUACCAUCCUUUACAACGAGAGACGUGCAUUCUUUUUUAAAUUUUAUAGAAGAAAUUCGUCCAGCUAUAAUGUCGCAAGCUUCUUAUCAUCGCUCCUCGACCUUUACUGCUUCAUUGUCCAAGAUACGAAUACAAUCUCCUAACGAUGACCCUUUAGCAAAUUUACAUACGAUAUUAUUGAGAUUUGCUAGCCAACUGGAAGGAAUGAAUCAUGAAUUCGAUCGUGUUAUAGAGAAAAGUUUUCUCUCUGAAAAAAAUGCUAAUGACAAAAAUAGCAACAUAAUAUCGCGCCCAAUUUCAUUAAUUGAAGGUCGUUCAUUAACUCCUCAAGCACCAAUCCAACCAGGACGUCGUUCUAAACGGUCUUCGCGACAAAGUUUCUCUGAAGGUAGUUCCCCAUCAAUGGAUGCUAAUAUGGACCUUUAUGUUGAGAAAACGAAACUAUUAGAAAAGGCUGAAGAGAAAUUAAAGGCAUAUGAAGCUCGUAUCAAAAGUCUCGAGAAUACAUUAUACACUAAUUAUCAAGCAGCCAGGAAUUCAUCAAUUCUUUCCUCUACAGCUGGAUCAGAUAAUGCCUCAAUGCCUUCAACUGUUGUAUCGGAAGAAAUUUCUGAUCUACGUUCGCGUUAUAAAACUCUAGAAUCCUCGUACACUACUGAAGUUAAUGAAAAGAUGAAUCAAGAAAAAAAAGCAAAAGAAUUAGAAAUACGUUAUAAGAAUUUGGAGUCAUCUUAUAAUAUAGCUACUAAUGAUAGAGAGACAUUACUUAAAAAAAUUAAUGAACUCGAAACACGUUGUCAAAAAUAUGAAGCAUCACACACCAAGGUUGUAAAAGAAAGAGAGGCGGUUGAAGAGCGCACUACAGAUCUUGAAACGCGUUAUCAAAAUAUGGAAACUUCCUAUGUGGAUGCUGUUAAAAUAAAAACUUCUUUGGAGAAUAAAGUUGAUGAGCUUCAAAAACAAUCAGAAGCACUUGAAAGUUCACAUGCUAUUGUAAUGAAAGAGAAAGAAAACGAGUUAUUGGAUUUGCAAGCCAAGGUUAAGAAGUUACAAAACUCUCAUGAUUCAUCAACGGUGCGAUGUAAUGAAUUAAUAGCAAAAGUUGCGGAAUUAGAAAAGACUAAUAAAGAACCUGAUAAUAUUCAUUCUGAAAAGAUAGAAAAAUAUGAGACACUUGUUAAAGAUUUGAAACAAAACUAUCAAGAUUUAGAAGCAGAUUAUAAUAAACUUAAUGAUGAAUAUGAGAAAAAAUUAGAUGCUGAUAGUAAAUGUGAGAAGUUAGAAAAGCGAAUAGAUAAAUUAAUUGAGGAAAAGGAAUUGGCCAUAAAAGACAAAAUUGCGUUAGAUGCAGAAAAAUCAGAUUCAGAAAGGAAGAUUAAUGACAUUCUUUCAGAGAAAAAUGAACUGGAAACUCGAUUAGAAGAAUAUAAGCAAAAGUAUGAGCAAGACCGAUUAUCAUUGAAUGAGAGAAUUGAAGAAUUAGAAGCCCAACAGCUUAUGCAAGAGCAGAUUGAAGCUGUGAAAGAACGUUGGAGAAAAAAGAUUGAAGAACUUCAAAAGGAAAAGGAUAACAUGACUCAAACAUACGAAUUAAACAAGCAAGAGAUGCUGAAUGAAAUUGAGAGUUGGAAAGCUAGUCUUGAUAAAAUGAAUUUAGCACGUGAAGAAACUGAUAAAUUACUUGAAAAGUCUCGCGAAAGAGGCAAACAACUUGAGCGGGAAAAUGCUGAAACCAAGAAGGCUCUUGAACAGCAUGAAAAGUUAGUUAUGAAUAUUACCGAAACCAUUGUGACUUAUAUGGAUGUCGCAACAGCUUAUGAUAUUUCUGAUCAGACCAAGUCGGGAACAAAUUUGAAUCCUAUAUUUAUGAUACAAAAAGUCGGGAAUGUUGCGAAUUCUAUGGCUCGGGAAUUAUGUGAUACAAAACAGUCUCUUGAAACUUCUAAAGCUACUCAUGCAGCCUUGGAAGAAACUAAAAAUGAAAUGCGUCAAAUGUUGGUGGAACGAACAGAAAUUUCUCGUUUAUUAAGCAAUUGCCUUUGGGAUUAUUACAAUAAUAUUCGAACAUUGAUGAGCGCGAUGGAAUUAGCUUUACCUGUGAACAAUGAAAAUGGAUCGAAUUUAACGUCAACUGAGAAAGAAAAAGGAAAAAAUAAAUCGUCUGAGUCACGUUUAUCAGAUAGCUAUUUUGCUGAAGACUUGGGAAAGUUUUUCACAAAUAAUUCUGAACAAAUAGAAUGGCCGAAGGACAAAUAUGAGACACUCUUAAAUCUUUCAACAAAAGUGAACCUUAAUGAGGUUCGUCAUAUAAUUAGACGAACACCUAAGGAUGCAGAGGAUCUUGGAAAGAAAUAUAAAAAAGAAAGUAAAUUGAAUAGAGAAAAGUAUAUUAAAGCUAAUCAAGAAUCGAAAGAGAAAAUUGCUUUUCGAAAUUUCAAGAAUGGCGACCUCGCACUAUUUUUGCCUACGCGAAAUUCAUCAGCCAAACCUUGGGCUGCUUUUAACAUUAAUUGUCCUCAUUACUUUUUACGCGCUACCGACACAAUUAGUGGUCAAAUUCGUAAUAAAGAUUGGAUCGUCGCGCGAGUCGUUGAAAUAACUGAACAUAGAGUUGAUGUAAAGAAACCGGGUACAAAUCCAUAUGAAUUACCAGAUGGUGUUAAAUUUUAUGUGUUAGAUGUUGAAAGUUGGCAGAAUAAUAAUAAUUCAACAUCUAGCCAUCACUCGAGAAAACGUACAGGAUCUGAAUCUUCAACAAAAUCAUCUCGUAAUAUGAGUGCGUCACUUUCUAAUUUAUCUUCAGCGAGGGAUACGUUUGAUGUUAACGAUACAAAUUCAAGCAUGUCAUCAUCCACAGCAAAUAUGCCUACGACAAAUACACGAGACCGAAUACAAAGUUUACCACCUCCUCCUACACAUACUUAUUCAUCCGGAAUACUUCCUUCAGAUACAACUAAUACAACGAAUCGUCCAAUGUCAAAUUAUUCGUUUAAGUCACUAUUCUACUCAUUGAAUGAAUCUGGGUCAAAAGACAACUCUUGA